CGCGUUGCUGUUGUCUCUGCACGUAACAUUGAUGUAGACCUGUUGUUUAGAUGUACGUAUAAUAGGAGAGUGCAUUAUGAAAUCUAUAAUCCCCCGUCACAAGUGCUUUGUACCUGAUGAUGAUGGAAAAAACGGGGCAGAAAAACCAGGCAUUUUCAGACGAUGCCAGGAAAAGAAGCAGCAUUAGAUUGGCUGUUCGAACACAUUUAAUGAGAUGAAGGAGGACAACAAAGCAGAUAUAGGAAAAGAUCUGAGGAGUAUCUAGUGAAGAGGACAUAGGAAAAGAUCUGAGGUGUAUCUAGUGAAGAGGAUAUAGGAAAAGAUCUGAGGUGUAUCUAGUGAAGAGGACAUAGGAAAAGAUCUGAGGUGUAUCUAGUGAAGAGGAUAUAGGAAAAGAUCUGAGGUGUAUCUAGUGAAGAGGAUAUAGGAAAAGAUCUGAGGUGUAUCUAGUGAAGAGGAUAUAGGAAAAGAUCUGAGGUGUAUCUAGUGAAGAGGACAUAGGAAAAGAUCUGAGGUGUAUCUAGUGAAGAGGAUAUAGGAAAAGAUCUGAGGAGUAUCUAUUGAAGAGGACAUAGGAAAAGAUCUGAGGUGUAUAUAUAUAUCUAGUGAAGAGGAUAUAGGAAAAGAUCUGAGGUGUAUCUAGUGAAGAGGAUAUAGGAAAAGAUCUGAGGUGUAUCUAGUGAAGAGGACAUAGGAAAAGAUCUGAGGUGUAUCUAGUGAAGAGGACAUAGGAAAAGAUCUGAGGAGUAGCGAGUGAAGAGGAUAUAGGAAAAGAUCUGAGGUGUAUCUAGUGAAGAGGAUAUAGGAAAAGAUCUGAGGUGUAUCUAGUGAAGAGGACAGAAAAAGAUAGUAAAGAGCAUGUAUAAGAAAAGAUUUCAGGAGUACUUUAGCUAGUGAACAGGCCAUUUUUCCAAACAAUAGAAAUAAAUGUUGCUAAUGUGAUCAUGAGAACAAGAAAAUCACCAGCCAUUUCUGGUACUACUACACCAAUAAAAAGACAGCAAUGGAAUUCUUACGAGAUCACACAUUUGCGUCGAGCUGUUACCUUCAUACCCGAGGACCACCCAGAAUUCUGGGAGUUGGUACAGCAGAUGGUGAGGACCAAAACCAAGGAGGAAUGUUGGAAGCAGCACCAGAUAGACCUGGCAUCAGGGGAAAGUACUUAUCCAAGGGAGACAAGCAUAUGCGUUACUGACCAAAGGGAGGCAAUCAUAGACGUUACUGACCAAAUGGAUGCAAGCAUAGACGUUACUGACCCAAGGAUGACAAGCAUAGAAGUUACUGACCCAAGGGAAACAAGCAUAGGAGAAGUUAUUGACCAAAGGGAGGCAAACAUAGGUGACGUUACUGAUGCAACAGAGUCCAACAAUGGAGAAGUCUAUGAAAAUCAAGAUGCCACGCAUAUGGCUGCAGUGGAUACCAGAUUUCAUUCGUCUGCCAAAAUAUCAUACCAGCAAUUAGAAGAAAAUAGUAGCUUCGAGGACAAAACAUCAAAAUGUGAUGUUGGCGAAGAAGAAAGGUACAAUUCAGAAAAGCAGAAACGUAAUAGCCACAAUAAAAGAGAUGGAGAAAAAUAUUACCAGUGUGAUGUUUGUGGUAAAGGUUUCAACAUUAAGUCAUUGUUAUUGAGGCAUUCCCUGCUGCAUAGACGAGGAAAAUUAUAUAAUUGUGAUGUGUGUAGAAAAGGCUUCACUUUCAGGUCUUGGUUGCACCGCCAUGUCCGGAUGCAUAAAGGGAAAAGUAAGGGAUGCAAGUCGGAGUAUGUUACAAAGAAACCCCCUUGUGUUCAUACAGGAACAAAACCAUACAAAUGUGAUGUUUGUGGUAAAGGGUUCUGUGAUAUGUCAUCUGUGAAGAGACACCUUCUUGAACAUACAGGAGAACAACCGUGCAAAUGCAAUGUUUGUGGUAAGGGGUUCAACGACCAGUAUAAUUUGAAGACACACCUUCGUGUCCAUACAGGAGAAAAACCAUUCACAUGUGAUGUUUGUGGUAUGAGGUUCAGAGAAAAGGCUAGUGUGAAGAAACACCACUUUCGUUUUCAUCCAGGAGACAAACCGUACAAAUGUGAUGUUUGUCAUAAGGGGUUCCGUAAGGAGUCUGAUUUGACCGCACAUAGUCGUGUUCAUACAGGAGAAAAAGCGUACAAAUGUGAUUAUUGUGGUAAGGGGUUCAUUAAACAGUCUCAAGCAAAGAUACACCUUCGUGUCCAUACAGGAGAAAAACCGUACAAAUGUGAUGUUUGUGGUAAAGCGUUCACUAGCAUGUCUAAUGUGAGGAGACACCUUUGUGUCCAUACAGGAGAAAAGCCGUACAAAUGUGAUACUUGUGGUAAGAGGUUCAUUGAAAAGUCUCAAGCAAAGAGGCACCUUCGUGUCCAUACAGGAGAAAAAGCGUACAAAUGUGAUGUUUGUGGAAAGUUGUUCAAAGAAAAGGCCAGUGUGAAGAAACACCACUUUCGUUUUCAUUCAGAAGAAAAACCGUACAAAUGUGAUGUUUGUGGUAAAUGGUUCAAUAGCAUGUAUAAUGUGAGGAGACACAUUCGUUUUCAUUCAGGAGAAAAACCGUACAAAUGUGAUGUUUGUCAUAAGGGGUUCGGUAAGCGGCCUGAUUUGACCGCACAUAGUCGUGUUCAUACAGGAGAAAAACCGUACAAAUGUGAUGUUUGUGGUAAAGGGUUCAAUAGAAUGUCAAAUGUGCGGAGACACCUUCGUGUCCAUACAGGAGAAAAACCGUACAAAUGUGAUGUUUGUGGUAAAGGGUUCAAUAGAAUGUAUAAUGUGCGGAGUCACCUUCGUGUCCAUACAGGAGAAAACCCGUACAAACGUAAUAUUUCUGUUAAGACGUUAAGUGACAAGUCUUAAUGUGAGGAGACAGCACCUUCGUCUUCAUACAGAUGAAAAUGUACAAAUGUGAUGUUUGUUAUUAGUGGCUCAGUGCGAAGAGACAUAGAAGAGAAAAUCCUUACACAUGUAAUUAUUGUGAUAAGAUGUUCAAUCAGUAGUCUAAUUUGAAUUAAGUUGCACUUUCGUGUGAAGAAAAACCUUCAUCCACGACACAUGGAUGACUCGCUACCCUAGAUAUUGUCCCUAUUACAUAGAUCGAUAAAGAAUGAUUGUUUCCCCUUUUCUUUGUCCAAAAUGUAUGAUGUUCUCGCUACCCUAUAUGUCAUCCCCUUGUAGAUGUCCACAAUGCAUCAUCCAUGAUGGCUCGCGUCCCUCAAUGUUAUUCCCCUUAUAGAUGUCCACAAUACAUGAUUGGGUCGCUACCCUAGAUGUCAUCCCCUUAUUGUGUUCCACAAUACUCAUGUACAUGAUUGGGUCGCUACCCUAGAUGUCAUCCCCUUAUUGUGUUCAACAAUACUCAUGUACAUGAUUGGGUCGCAACCCUAGAUGUCAUCCCCUUAUAGUGUCCCACAAUACUCAUGUACAUGAUUGGCUCGCUACCCUAGAUGUGUUUCCCCUUAUAGUGUUCCACAAUACUCAUGUACAUGAUUGGCUCGCUACCCUAGAUGUCAUCCCCUUUAUGGAGAAAAAUACCCACAAAAAUAUGUCAGGAAAGCGAGGAGUAUUAGUUCCAUUAAUUUGCUUGUUUUUAUUUUUAUGUUUAUAAAAUGAUAAAGGACAUCAUGCUCAUUAAUUGGGCAUCACAGCUUCUAGCCGAUUUUUAACUAAAUAGAAAAAAUAAUGGCCAGUAACAAUUUGGCCUGAUCACUUCUAUGGUUAUUAUUAGCUCACCUGGUCCGAAGGACCAAGGUGUGCUUAUGCCAUACCGUGGCGUCCGUCGUCCGUCCGUCGUCCGCCGUCAACAAUUUCUUCUUCAUAACCACUGAUCAGAA